AUGGGCUUGGCGCAAAAGAAGCAUAUGAAUAGCUACACCAACAAGUUCCAAACAAUCUUUGGUGUUGACAAGAGAUGUUUGGCAUUGUUCCGACUGGGUCUAGGACUCAUUGGAAUGUGGGAUGUCAUUGAUCGUUGGCCAGAUGUAUAUGCUCAUUAUUCUGAUGAUGGAUUCUUGCCGAGGAUAACUGUGUUGGAACAGUUUAGUAAUCAAUAUUGGUUCUCUUUCCAUAUGAUGAAUGGAACAGUGACCUUUAUUCAAAUACUAUUUGUUAUCAACUUUAUCAUAUCCGCUUGUGUGGCUGUUGGUUACAAGUCAAGAGUGAUGAUGUUAUUACAUUAUUUAUUCGUUAUAUCCAUUCAAGCUAGGAACAAUGUAGUUGGAUAUGGUGGAGAUGUAUACUUUAGGGUCAUGUGCUUCUUUGGUCUAUUCCUGCCUGUUGGUGCAUGUUGGUCCUUUGACAGUGCAUUCAAACGGCCAGUUCUACGGAGGACAAUCAAGAAAUACAAUGUAACCAACCUAGCAUCAUUUGCCAUUUUGUUACAAGUUGCAUUCUUGUACUGCUUCUCUUAUGUCCAUAAGACAGGUGAUGAAUGGAGAGUUGAUCGUACCGCAACAUUCCUCGCACUCAACUUGGAUUUCUUUAGGACUUGGAUAGCCGACAUCUUCCUUUUGUUCCCAGGAUUCCUCAAGAUGUUGACUGGAUCCGUGCUCUACUAUGAAGGAUUUGGUAUACUGCUAGCCUACUCGCCCGUGUUCACUGGUCCCCUCAAGACACUAUGUGCCAUCGGAUUCCUUGGCCUUCACAUAGGCUUUGCCAUGUGCAUGCGACUCGGACUCUUCAGUCCAAUAUGUGUCUGUGGUGCGAUACUCCUGAUCCCGACAUGGACCUGGGACCGUCUGUUUGAGCGUCUUCGUUCCAAGGAGAGAUGUGACUUCCAUCUCUACUACAAUGGAAAGUAUGGAUAUACCAUUGCCGGACUGGUCUCCACAUUCCUGUUGUUGCCCGAUGCCGAGGUAUCUCCAGCGCCACUACGCUAUGACGAAGAGUCCGGUGUCCAGCAACUAAACAUGUCACAAUCCCAGGGUAAAGAUGUUGGAGAGCACAUCCCCCAUUCAAACUGGAUAGUAUGCCGUGAUCACAAGGGCAUCAAGCACACUGGUUACAAGGCAUUCACCGCUAUACUUCGCGCCUCACCACUACUCUUCCCAUUCGUACGUGUGGCCGAGAUGAGAGUUGUUCAGGCCAAUGGCAAGAAGGUACUUGACCUGUUUGGACGUCUGGCCGUCAAGAUCAAUGAGAGUGUGUUGGUCAGCAAGCCCACACCAAACUCCAUGUUCAUGGAGGAGACCCACUCGAUGCUCGACAACAUUGGAGAGGCACCAGAUCAGGCUGCCGCCCAGCCCCGCUUGGACUACAAUGGCGUUCCAGAUGAGGCCACAACCCACUACUUCCGACGACUCAACCGCCGUCAUCGCUUGAUCAAGAAGACAAGGAAUAUCCUGUUCAACGUCAGCGCGAUCAGCUUCAUCAUGAUAUGUCUCGUGUUCAACCUGUCCAACGUCAACACUGGCUACACAAUCUAUGUGCCACCAAAGUAUCAGUGGGUAAUGUUCAUGCUCAGGAUCGACCAGCAUUGGUCUAUGUUCUCGCCCCGUCCACCCUCAAUACACUGGUGGUACACGAUUGAGGGCGAGUUGGACAAUGGGCAGCUCACAGAGUUGUGGGCCAACGAGGGCAUGUACAAGCUGUCCGACCCCAAGUGGAAAGGUAACCUGGCACCAUACUCUAUCGAGAAACCUGAUCCAUAUGUCCCUUGUAUUGGCAAUCAUCGAUGGUUCAAGUUGUACGAGACUUAUAAUGGAGGCAACAACUACGAGCAGAUUAGGAUGGCACUGGGCAAGUAUAUAUGUCGCGAGUGGAACCGUUCUCACGAGUACAAUGAGCGACUGUGGCGAUUCAGUAUAGUCUAUAGGAAUGAGAGGCAGAACAUGGACUCAACCAGGACGCCCCAGAAGGAGCUGAUGUUGUGGAACCAUGUGUGCUAUGAUCGACCAGUAAGAGUAUAG